AUGGUAUCGCCUGAUCGACUGCAAAAACAGAUGGACCUACGAGGACUUCUCGACAAAGUGUCGCCAAGUCUCCUACUGGAAAUGAAGCUAGGGAGCAUUUUGAGCCGGGUCAAUGUACUGUUCUCUCCAUCAACGUUCCUUUUCGAGGAGACACGGGAUGCACAAUCAAAAUUCGCACGGACGAUGAUGUCGGACAUCUUCGAGAAUCAGCUUGAUGAACUCCAAUCGGAGCGGACAUUCUCAAGUCUGGAAGAACUCUACCUCAACGUCACUCGCCUUCAACUUCGACUGCACUGUCUUUCGAAUCGGGAGAACCCUGCUACCAGUCUUCAACUGGGGAGACUAGGCAUUGCUGCCACAUCAAUAAUCGACCUAGUCGAGCAUGUCAAUGCACAAACGUCGUUGGUCACGCAUUGCCCUCAUUAUAUUUACCGAAUGACCGCACUCACCGCAGCAGUCCUUCUUCGCCUCACAAAACAGUCAGAACCGCUGACUGGCUCAAAAAACCCAGAGGCCGCUAGAAAUGCAAAGAAAUAUUAUAAGUCUUACUUCUUCCGCACGAUCUCCCUUCUCAAGAGCAUGUCAGUCGAUAGCAACGACAUGCCAAGUCGUAUGGCCAAGAUAUUCUCCCAGCUCUGGACAGUCGAAAAGCUCUUCGAAAAGCAGCCAAACCGCUCACUGGAGGACGAAAGUGGUGGCAAUGAGUCUGCGUCAACUACUGCACUAUCAUCUCCCCUUGUCGUUCAGAGCAGACUAUCCAUGAGCGUUCUGCAUGACUGUAUGUGGCGGUGGAAAGAACACUUCAUAUACUCACAGUCGUCAAGAAAUCCGAUGGUCGAUCCUUCGCAUGCUCCAAGUGAUCAGGCUAGGUCUAACACUGAGCCCACCGCAGUAACUCAGCAACAGCUUUCUGGAAUGACGACUAUUGCACCUGAAUUGACGGCUGCCACGGCAUCUUCAAGAUCCUGCAUUGUGCCAUUAGCAAGCAGUCUGACUGCUGGCCCUACUAUGUCCAACUCAGAAAACAUCAUGACGCCAUCAUUUAUUCAAGACUUUUCGCCACUGGCUGCGCUACCGUGGGAUACUAACAUGAAUGAUGAAUUUGAGAUGAUGGUCCACCAUUUCCCCGAUUCAUGGCCAGUUUGA